CUGUUUCUUCUUGCUGGAUCUGUUAUGACGGUUUAUGUCACAUCCUGUAGCAUUGCAUCCAGGCAUGGUCUCCCACUGGUUUGCCAGAUUUUUAGCUGGGCUACUUUAGGUUUGUCCUGCCUUUUACCAUUACUUGGGCCCACCACAUUAAGAGAAAGACUGUUUUCCCUGAGUUUAUCUUUCCUCACAACCUACUUGCUGCUGAGCAUCACAUAUGAGGGUUACUUCUUCUUGUCCCUUUUAUCUCUUUUAUACUUUUGGCUAAAAAUGGAAUAUGAGACUUUGGGCAGAAGUAGCCAUCAUAAGCUUCAUGAGGUCGAUUUCAAGCUUGAGGGAUUGAUCAAAGAUAACAUAUCUUCGGCCACAUUUUCUCGCCACCUGGAGAUAUCAGAUCUGAGGAGAGCUUUCUUCUUUAUCUUCUUCAUUCUGAUGGCAUUUUUUGGAACAGGAAAUAUUGCCAGUAUCAACAGCUUUGAUCCCGCAUCUGUGUACUGCUUUCUGACAGUAUUCAACCCUUUUCUCAUGGGCACCCUCAUGAUGUUGAAGAACAUGAUUCCAUUUCUGGUGGUAACCUGUGCCUUCCGAGGUGUCCACGUGUUGACUAGAACUCCACUCCGGUCGCUGUUUUUAAUUGUUCUUAUUAUGUCAGAUUUCAUGGGCCUUCAUUUCUUUUUCCUGGUCCGUGAUUAUGGUAGCUGGCUGGAGAUUGGAACAACCAUUAGUCACUACGUCAUCGUCAUGGUGAUGAUCAUAUUCCUGCUGCUGCUGACAGGGGCCUCUCAUACGCUGACAUGUCACCGGCUUCUUUGGAGACCACACAGUGACAAGCGGUAUUAA